AUGGCACCCAAGAAGAAGGCUGCUCAGGCUGACAAGGGCCGUGUCGAGGAAGAGGUUGAAGAGCCGCUUCAGGCUGUGAUUCUCGCGGACUCAUUCGAGACUCGCUUCAGCCCUUUCACACUUGAACGCCCUCGCGUACCCAACACUCCCUUGAUCGAGUACACUUUUGAGUUUCUUGCCAAUGCUGGAGUCGACGAAGUCUUUGUCUACUGUGGCGCCCAUACCGACCAGGUUGAGGAAUACAUCCAGCAGUCAAAAUGGACUUCCAAGGUUUCUCCCUUCAACAAUGUCGAAAUCGUUCGCUCCUCAUCCAACUCCAUCGGUGAUGCUAUGCGCGACCUCGAUGCGCGCGCUGUUCUUACCGGCGACUUCCUGAUUGUCUACGGCGAUGUGGUCAGCAACUUGCCUAUCGAAGCCGCCAUCGCCGCCCACCGCCAGCGUCGUACCAAAGACAAGAAUGCAAUCAUGACAAUGGUCCUUCGCGAGGCCGGCACUGCCCACCGCACCAAGAUGCAGCGCGUUUCACCUGUUUUCGUCCUUGACCCUACCAAGAACCGCUGUCUGCACUACGAGCAAAUGCGACCUAAUCAGCCUUCGCACCUGGUUACUCUGGAUCCGGAUAUUCUGAAAGAGCAUGACGAACUUGAGAUCAGGGAAGAUUUGAUUGAUUGUGGUAUCGAUAUUUGUACUCCGGAUGUCCUCGCGCUCUGGAGUGAUAACUUCGACUACGAGGCCCCGCGAAAAGGAUUCCUUCACAGCGUGUUGAAGGACUACGAAUUGAACGGCAAGACUAUCCAUACCCACAUCGUCGAUGAGCACUAUGCCGCCAGAGUCAAGAACCUGAGAGCCUACGACGCCGUCACCAAGGAUAUUUUGAGCAGAUGGGCCUACCCAAUCUGCCCUGACAGCAACUUGGUGCGCGAUCAGACUUACAGACUUACCAAAGGCAAUGUUUACCGGGAAGAAGGAGUCGUCUUAGCGAGAUCAUGUCAUAUUGGCCCGAGGACUGUAAUCGGUCGGGCAACAGCAAUUGGCGACGGCAGCGAAAUUUCUAACAGCGUGAUCGGUAGAAGAUGCAUCAUUGGAAGGAACGUCAAGAUCAGCGGCGCGUACAUCUGGGACGACGCUUCGAUUGGUGAUGGCACAGUGGUCAAAGAUGCUAUUGUUGCAAACGAAGCUUCGGUCGGCAAGAAGUGCAACAUUAUGCCCGGUGCAUUGUUGUCAUACGGCGUGUACAUCUCUGACGGCAUGACGAUCAAGUCCAGGAUCACGAAGGUGAAACGCGAAUCGGGUUACGACCAAGACGAAAUCGUUCGCGGAAAGACAGACAAGGAGGUUGUUGGGCAANAAGGAGAAGGCUUCGAGUACGAAACUUCAGAAGAUGAAGACGAAGACGACCAGGAGCACCACAGCCUGCACUCAGCAAGCAUCUACAACAUGGAGAACCAAUCAGCCGAAUCGAUCUCGACGCUCAAUUCAGAAUCUUACAGCGAUGAGUAUGAAGGUGGAGCAGAAAGAAGCACAAGAUCACAAAGUUUCGGUUCGAUCGGAUCCGUUGAUUCAGAGGACAGUAGGGCUGGCCGCGAGGCUGUCGAUUUCCACCACGAUGCAGCGGCCAGUAUUUACGACUCACUGCAGAAAGGUGAUGAGGCAGCCAACAUUCAGCUCGAGCUCACGGCACUGCGUAUGUCUGCCAAUGCAUCGCCGCAUAUGGUGCGUCGCGCAGUGGUGGCAGCUUUCAUGAAGCGCAUGGCAAGCUUGAUCGAAGAAGGCCUUACGCCAGCACAAGCGGCCAAGAAGACGAUACCUAUCCAACAGAUGCUCAUCGAGCGUACCAUGUUCGACCGUGGUGAUGCUCAUGAAGACAAGGCUGACCAGGUGGACUUCUUGCUGCUUGUACAAGCAGAUGUCUGUCACCGUCCAGACGGAGAGAAAAUCAUGCUUCACGUCUGCAACGAAUUGUACAUGGGCGAUGCGCUGGAAUUUGAAGGAGUUAUGCAAUGGUGGGCGGAUGGGAAGAACGAGGCCACCGAUGAGUUGAAGCAGAUCAAGCUUGCUAUGGGCCAGUUUGUGGAUGCUAUCAAGGCUGCAGAGGAGAGUGAAGAAGAGAGCAGUGAAGAAGAAUCAGAGACCGACUCCCUCUCCGCCAAGCAGCCUGUUUACGACGCCGCUGAAGAUAAGCCCGCCGCCUCGCCCGACCAGCUGCCCGCUACCCCUCAGACUCUGAAGGGUUCCGUCAAAGCCAUGGAGUCCGACGAUGAUUACAACAGUGCCGUUUCCUUGAACAGCGAUGCCGAGUUCGACAUGGAUGAUGAGAACAGUAGUGUUGCCGACUUUGGUGCCGACUCCGACAUCGAGCUAGACGACGAUGGUGACAUCGGUUUUGGCUCACAAGAUAAAGACCUCAAGCCACGCAAGAAGGCCUACGAGGUCGACUUCUCCGUCUACAGUCCACAAGAUAUUCAGAACCAGCAAGAUCGGCAAAUAGAAGAGGUAUCCAAUAUUCUUGGUCAACCUCACGAAGCGACUGCCAUCCUUAUGCGCUACAUGCGUUGGAACAAGGAGCGUCUGAUUGAGCAAUACAUGGACAAGCAAGAGGAGGUCCUGGAGAAAGCUGGUCUUGGUUCAGACAUCGCUACCCCGCCCCGUCUGGAAGUUAUCGAUGGAUUCAUGUGCGAGAUCUGUUGUGACGAUACACCCGGGUUGCAGACGUUCGCCAUGAAGUGCAACCAUCGCUUCUGUGUCGAUUGCUACCGUCAAUAUCUGGCACAGAAGAUCAAGGACGAAGGAGAGGCUGCGCGUAUCCGCUGUCCUGGCGAGCAGUGCAACAACAUCGUCGAUUCGAAAAGUUUGGAACUUCUCGUUACGGAAGACCUCAAAGACAGAUACCAUGAGCUUCUCACAAGGACGUACGUUGAUGACAAGGACAAUCUUAGGUGGUGUCCUGCCCCCAACUGCGUCUACGCUGUCGAUUGUCCAGUCAAGCAGAAAGAGCUCAACAAGAUCGUCCCGACCGUCAACUGUGAUUGUGGUCACAGCUUUUGUUUCGGAUGUCAGCUUAACGACCAUCAACCUACCCNNCCUUGCGUGCUCGUCAAGCUUUGGUUGAAAAAGUGUGAAGAUGACUCCGAAACAGCGAACUGGAUUUCUGCAAACACCAAAGAGUGCCCCAAAUGCAACUCGACCAUUGAGAAGAAUGGUGGUUGUAACCACAUGACCUGCCGAAAGUGCAAGUAUGAAUUCUGCUGGAUGUGCAUGGGAUUGUGGUCGGAGCAUGGCACAAGUUGGUACAAUUGCAAUCGUUACGAGGAAAAGAGUGGUCACACUGCACGCGAUGCUCAGGCAAAGAGCCGUGCAUCUCUCGAGCGCUACCUCCACUACUACAACCGCUAUGCCAACCACGAGCAGUCUGCCAAGCUUGACAAGGACAUUUAUCUGAAGACCGAGAAGAAGAUGAUGCAGCUCCAGUCGACGUCAGGAAUGUCUUGGAUCGAGGUGCAGUUCCUCGACUAUGCAUCACAAGCUCUUCAGCAAUGCCGACAAACUCUCAAGUGGACUUAUGCUUUUGCCUAUUACUUGGAACGCAACAACUUGACCGAAAUCUUCGAGGACAAUCAGAAGGAUUUGGAGAUGGCCGUCGAGGCUCUGAGUGGAAUGUUCGAAAAGCCUACAGAUCAGCUUGCUGCUCUCAAGGUCGAGAUGAUGGAUAAGACCACUUAUUGCAACAAGCGUCGCAUCAUCUUGCUUGGCGACACAGCGGAGAAUCUGAAANAGGGCAACUGGAAGUUCAACGUCGACGAGAUCUCCGAGGAACAGUUCUGA